UGGAGGAAAGAAUAGAAGAAAGGAGCUGUUGGAAAACUAAACGAACCAAAACUUUACUCCUCUACAGCAUGCCACAGAAAGAUUUCAGAAGUCAAACGAGCUGGGAGACUGGUGUGGCCUCCAUGAUGCAAAACAGUCACAGUGGAGUAAACCAGCUGGGAGGUGUGUUUGUGAAUGGGAGACCUUUACCUGAUUCAACCAGGCAGAAGAUAGUGGAGCUGGCACACAGUGGAGCUCGACCCUGUGACAUAUCCAGAAUACUACAGGUGUCCAACGGCUGUGUGAGUAAAAUCCUGGGCAGGUACUACGAGACAGGUUCAAUCCGGCCACGGGCCAUAGGGGGAAGUAAACCCAGGGUGGCCACUCCAGAGGUGGUGGGAAAGAUCGCUCAGUACAAGAGAGAGUGCCCAUCCAUCUUUGCCUGGGAGAUCAGAGACCGAUUGCUGGCAGAGGGAGUCUGCACCAACGACAAUAUACCCAGUGUUUCAUCAAUUAAUCGUGUGCUCAGGAACCUGGCCAGUGACAAGCAGCAAAUGGGCACAGUGGGAGCUGAAGGGAUGUUUGACAAACUCAAGAUGCUCAAUGGACAAAGCACCUGGGGAGGACGCUCAGGGUGGUACACAGGGACUACACUCACUACCACUGAGUGCCCACAGGCAGACGGAGGGGAGAACACCAUAUCAGUUAGUUCCAAUGGUGAGGACUCAGAGGAGACUCAGAUGAGGCUUCAGCUGAAGAGGAAGCUGCAGAGAAACAGGACAUCAUUCACACAGGACCAGAUAGAAGCACUGGAGAAAGAAUUUGAAAGGACUCACUAUCCAGAUGUGUUUGCUCGAGAACGCCUCGCCAACAAAAUAGACCUUCCAGAGGCGAGAAUACAGGUUUGGUUUUCAAACAGACGAGCAAAAUGGAGAAGAGAAGAAAAGUUGAGAAAUCAACGUCGUCAGGUGUCCAACUCCUCCAACCAUAUACCAAUCAGCAGCAGCUUCAAUGCCAGUGUUUACCAGCCUCUACCACAACCGACUACACCAGUGUCCUUCUCAUCAGGAUCCAUGUUGGGGAGGUCAGAUCCAGUACUGUCCAACAGCUACAGCCUACCAGCCAUGCCCAGCUUCAGCAUGGCUGCCAGCCUGCCUAUGCAAGCUUCCAGCCAGACAUCUUAUUCCUGCAUGCUGCCCACCAGCCCCACUGUAAAUGGAAGAAGUUAUGAGACAUAUACUCCUCCACACAUGCAGCCACAUAUCAACAGCCAGUCAAUGACAUCCUCUGCAACAUCGUCAACAGGUUUGAUUUCUCCUGGUGUCUCGGUCCCUGUCCAAGUUCCAGGAAGUGAUGCGGACAUGUCACAGUACUGGCCACGCCUGCAGUGAUGGCAUCACUCACAGCAAUCAUUCUUUCCCGCAGUGACCACGAGCAGUGCUGCUACAACAGGACUGUAUGGGUCAUCAAAGCCUGACCUAUCAUUAAUUCACAGCUUGAAUGUCAAAAGGGACCCAUCACUGAAACAGACUGCACUGCAGCAAGUGAAUCCGAAGAAAUUACUGUCAUUACUGAUUGUGAGAAAACAUUGAAACCAAAUUCUGGAGACAGGUUGGACAGAAGGAGUUUGAGUACUCUUCCAGCUGAAGAAUUUUAAUAUUACUGUAAACCAGUACAAGCUCCACUAUAACUGGAUCAAAGAUCUUGGGGAGUCCCUCCACAUCAUCUCAGCUACCAUUCAAAGUCUGGCAGCCUAGCCCAGAAUGAAAAGGCCUGAGCUAUACUCAGGAAGCUCAGGAAGGUGGACCGUCCUUUGGUAACAAACUCCAGACAGGAAUAAACUGCUCAGUGUCCACUUGGACAUUCUGUGGGAAGACAUAUUACCUCCACUUUCAGUUUCUAAUUUAUAUCAUGAUGGUGUAUUUGUAGCAAAAACAAAGAUGUUGAAUGAAACCUAAUGGGAAGAACUUAAAGAAACUUGAAAUUAACUGUCUGCUGUGAAUUUGUUUCACCAGCAGAUUCCAAAAGCCUUGGCCCGGAAUGUGUACAGAGUUUCAGAAUGUGGAUUCUGGUGAAAUGUGUUUGGUAUUGUAAAAACCUUGACCUGGAUGUGAUUU